CAAAUGCUGGAGUGCUUCAUUGGUUUUCACGGGGGAUGUCAACUCGCCGUAUUCUGAGUUCAGUUUAGUUCAGAUUGCGAAUUGUUGAAGUCCGGUUCGGAAGAGAUGACUGCUGUUGCUUUGGUUGUCGCGGGGAUCAUUCUUGCCUUGACAGGUGUCACAAGAGCCGAAACGGAACCUCCAAUGACACUGGAAACAGCCGAAUUCAUGAAAGACAUCAAAGACGAAUGCCGUAAUGCAACGGGGGACGAUCGGGCAUUCAGGGAAUUGGUGUUCACCAUGAGCAGUGAAACUCCGCGAUGCUUCAUGGCGCACGUCAACAUAAGCUACAUGCAGACUCCGAUUGAUGGGCUGAGCAAGGCCGAACAGGACACGCUUCUGGGCGGUAUUUGCCAACAGUUGGAAAACGCAGCCGUUUGCAUCGAACCGGUGGUGGAUGCGAUUAAGCCCUGCAUGGACGAUGAAGAUGAUAUGAAGAUUCUGAUGAAGAUUGUUGACACGGUGCCGGAUGCGAUCGAGAUGAUCUGCGAUAAUCACGGAGCGAUAUUGUUGGAACUGAGGGAACCUCUGUCGAGGUCUUGCGCGGUGGAGUUAGCACCAGCCAUUGACGAAUGCAUGGAUGUCAUCAGCAACAGCACUAUGAUGAUGGAUCUGAAGGACUACAGCGCCACGGAAUGCAAUGAAAUUUAUGCCAUGCGGGACUGUCUUGACCGAAAGAUCCGGGACUGUGGAGCGUUGACCUAUUUGGAAUUGUUUAAACUGUUUUAUCGGAAUCUACUCUCGAUUACGCCAUGCAAGGAAUGAGUGGAACGUUUGUGUGGAAAUGGGGCCACUUAGAGUGAAAACUUGUAAAUGAAGCAAUAAAGUAUCAAUUUUCUUAAAUAUUAA